AUGCAACAGCAACAGCAGCAACGUCGAAUGUUCACAGCUGCCCUCCUGGCACUUGUUUUCAUUCUGGCAGCUGUGGGUACCGCUGAGGCUGGCAAAAAAGAGAAACCAGAGAAAAAGGCAAAGAAAUCUGACUGUGGGGAAUGGCAGUGGAGUGUCUGUGUGCCCACCAAUGGUGACUGUGGCCUGGGGACACGUGAGGGCACCCGCACUGGAGCUGAGUGCAAGCAAACCACCAAGACUCAGAAGUGCAAGAUUCCUUGCAACUGGAAGAAGCAAUUUGGAGCGGAGUGCAAAUACCAGUUCCAGGCCUGGGGAGAAUGUGACUUGAAUACUGCCUUGAAGACUCGAACUGGGAACCUAAAGAGGGCCCUCCAUAAUGCUGACUGCCAGAAGACUGUUACAAUCUCAAAGCCCUGUGGGAAGCUUACCAAACCCAAACCUCAAGGAGAGGGAAAAAGAAAAAGGAAAAAAGGAAAAAAAAAAGAAAGAAAAAAGCAAGCAUAG